GAAAAUGAACAUCUAAUAACUUUGAUUUUAUUUAUUAGUUUCUAUUUAUGACAAGCGCUAACAAAUGUAUUUAUGCAUUUAGAUGAGUAAUCCCACUGUGGAACAAGUGCAUACACUCCUAACAUUCCUAGCAGAGCACCAGGAGUUAGCUCAUGGCCACUGUAGAAAUGCAGAAGGGCGAACAAGAUCCACCCAAUUAUGGGUUCGUCUCACAGACGAACUCAAUGCAUUGGGUGGAUGCACUAAAACUGUAAAGCAGUGGCAGAAGGUAUGGGCUGACAAAAAAUAUCUAACUAAAAAAGCUGCUACUGCUGCUCGAAGGUCUGCCACAGCCACUGGGGUAGGGCCAUCAUCUGCUGAGCCUUUAAACCCAAUACAGUGCAGAAUAUUGGGUAUUAUGGGAGAGGGCUUUGGAGAACCUCAGUCGGAUGCACAUGUUCCUGCAUUUCCAGAGAACUUCAACGGCUACUACACGUCCAGAGCGACGACGCCGUCGAGCAGACGCCAUUGGACCUCGCAGUGUACGCAGGCGUUUGUUCGAAAUGGAGGAGCGGCGAAUCGCAGCGGAGGAUCGACGGGUGGUAGAGUCAGGGCUGAUUCGCCAAUCACUCCAGGAAUUAAAUGUAUUAAUAAGGGAUCGAUUGGAUGCCGGAUUGUUGGAAGAAGAAAGCAAGACCAUCUGGUCCUUCGAGAAGCCGGAUUGUUGGAAGAAGAAAGCAAGACCAUCUGGUCCUUCGAGAAGCCGGAUUGUUGGAAGAAGAAAGCAAGACCAUCUGGUCCUUCGAGAAGCCGGAUUGUUGGAAGAAGAAAGCAAGACCAUCUGGUCCUUCGAGAAGCCGGAUUGUUGGAAGAAGAAAGCAAGACUGCACAGAGAUCAAGAUCACAGAUGCCAACAACAAGAAGCCAAAGAACAGCCAUGGAAGCUCAAUCAAACGAAGAAAACACCGCCGCCGUCACGUCGCCUGUCGCCGCUACACCGACCGUCGCCGCCACUACGUCGCCUGCUGCCGCCACUACGUCGACCACCACGACGUACACGUCCUCGGAACCUACUGCUACCACGGAGACUUCCGCGGAGACUUCUGCGGAGACUACCACAACAAUUCCAAGGGCGCCGCGCACCACAGCUUCAAAAAAGAAGAAAGAAUUGGCUAAAGCCCGAGAAGAAUUGCUACGCAAGGAGGUAGAACUGGCCGCCGCACGCGUCGCAGCAUUGGAGGCAGACACGGACGACGAAGAGGAGGACGAAAAUGAAGAGGACGCCGCCACAUUAAGAAGAGAGAGGACUACGGACUGGAUUCGCCGGACGAGCACAUUGGCACUCACAAUGGAGCCGCACACAGAGAGGACGACCGCCGACUUGCAUCAGGGGAUUAAUAUCUCAUCGAUACCCGCCGGAGAGGGAACGAAAGCGCCGCAGCCGCAGCCGUGCAGCGACGCAUUCCGACGGGACCAUGCAAGCCACAACGGUCCGAGGGAAGACUCCAUAGCACCAAUGAUGCCAACGAAGAAAGAAGAGGAUUCACUGAAGGGGGGCAUCGACUAUAAGGAAUUGGCGACUGCAAUGACUAUGGCAGCUCGCGCAAUUCAGCCCUCCACGGUGCCGCGAGUCACAGAACUACCACCCUUCAACGGCGCGUCAAGCGAAUGGCUGCCCUGGAAGAUGGCCUAUGAAGAGUCUGCGGGGCAGCUGACCGAGCAAGAAAACUUGGGUAGAUUACGUCGGUGUUUAAAGGGUGCGGCCAAAGAGGCUGCACACUGUCUUUUCGUCGGGGAUACGUCUGCAGCAGAAGUAAUACAAUUACUUGCUACGAGGUUCGGCCGUCCAGGAGCACUCGUGAUGGCCGAGAUGAAUAAACUUCGUGCGCUGCCGCGGCUGUCAGACAACCCCAAGGACAUCUGUCUAUUCGCGUCCAGAAUAGCCAAUGUCACUGCAACAAUUCAAGCCCUGAAAAAGAACCACUAUUUGUACAACGAAGAAGUGACAAGAUCCAUCACGGAGAAGAUGCCUUCUGCGCUACGAUUCAAAUACUACGACUUCGUAGCAGAACAGCCAGCUGAUCAACCGGACCUAAUAACGCUCUCCAAGUUCCUGCAAAUCACCGCAGCCAGGUGCGGUGACUUCGCACCCGCCGAAGUAAUAGUAAAUGAAGACCGGCGGGAGCCAGCAACGAAGAGAAGCGUGAAAACAUACAUCACGCAGGAGAAACCGACUUCACCGCCGUGUCCGACGUGCAACAGGGAGGGACACGCACCACCCGAUUGCAUCACUGUGAAGAACGCCGAGCCACAAGCAAGAUGGGAGAUAGCAAAAAAACACAGGCUAUGUUUCCGUUGCCUGAGGAUAAAAAGAUUUCGUCACAACUGCAAGACGAAGAGAUGCAACGUUGGUGGGUGUACACACCUACAUCACCCACUCCUGCACGUCGACACCAUAGAGAAGAAGGACAGCGAGCCCUCCGAUGAUAAAGCAGCCGCAGUCGUCGCGUCUGCGAGAGAAGAUAAGAAGAUCGCAUUCCUCAAGAUAGUGCCGAUACAAGUGAUCGGUCCCAAAGGAACGUGCGAUACAUACGCACUCCUGGACGACGGCGCAACGUGCACCAUCAUCGAAGAAGCAACAGCGAAGCAAAUCGGCGCCACUGGCCCUCCCGCACCCUUCUACAUAGAGGCCGUGGCCGGGACACGCAUAAACGCCGAUGAAUCGAAGCUUGUCCACUUCACAAUACGGGGACGAAGAUCGGAAGAUCAUGCCGUGUCUGCGCGAACCAUGAAGAAACUACUGUUAUCUCCACAAACAGUAUCACGCAGCGCAAUAGAAGACUGUCCACACUUGUACGAUAUAAUAGAUCAGCUGACAUAUGAAGAAGGUCAACCGACGGUUCUGCUGGGUCAAGACAACUGGCAUUUGCUGCUCGCACAUGAAGUCAGAAGAGGCAAUAAGACACAACCGGUCGCAUCACUCACCGACCUGGGUUGGGUGUUGCACGGCACGGGAGCGGCGAGAGCGAGACAGCAAGUGCACAGAAUCAGUCACUUAGUCGACGGGCAAGAAAAUGAAGAAUCCAUAGAACGAUUAAUGAAAGAACACUUCGCUCUCGAAUCACUGGGCGUCACACCGAAGCGCUCAUACAAUGAAGAGGAACAACGCGCGCUGAAAAUAUUGCAAGAAAAAACUCGCCCGUUACCGGCGGGAGGCUACGAGACCGCGUUGCUAUGGAAACGCGAUAACGCAACGCCGCCGGCUAACUACGACUCAGCAAUGCGACGCCUCGAGUUAAUUGAGAAAAAACUCGACAAGAAUGAAGACAUGAAGAACAGAUAUAAACAGCAAAUUACCACGCUGUUAGAAAGGGGAUAUGCAGAAAUCGCCCCACCGGUGAAGACUGAACGAGUAUGGUACCUGCCACACUUCGCUGUCAUCAACCCACAGAAACCGGACAAGCUGCGCAUCGUGCACGACGCCGCCGCCAAGACAAGGGGCAUUAGUCUCAACGACAUGCUGCUGUCGGGACCCGACCUACUCCAAUCACUACCUGGGGUCCUCAUGAGGUUCCGACAGCGCCGUGUGGCGGUCACAGCGGACAUCAAGGAUAUGUUCAUGCGUGUCACAAUACGAGAAGAAGACCGAGACAUGCAACGGUUUCUAUGGAGAGGAGAUCGACGCCAGGGUCCAGCUGUCGAAUAUAGGAUGAAGAGCGUCAUCUUCGGGGCCACUUCGUCACCAUGCACGGCGAUAUACGUGAAGAACAAGAACGCCGAACUACAUAAAGAAGAGUUCCCGGAGGCGGCUGCAGCGGUGGUCGUCAAUCACUAUGUUGACGACUACCUCGCUAGCUUCGACACUGAAGAGCAAGCCGUACGAGUCUCAAGCGAGGUCGCCUACAUCCACAGCCGGGCGAACUACUAUCUUCAGCGCUGGGCAUCGAACUCGCGCCAUGUACGAGAAGAGUUCUCACAUAGAAAUGAAGAGAACAUGGUGCAACUCGACGCUGAGAAGAUACUGGGAAUGGUGUGGCGGCCUGAGGAAGACAGUCUCGGGUUCAACUUCAACGGGAACAAACUUCCGUUACACAUCAUACGAGGCGAACGCACCCCAACGAAGAGAGAAGCCCUCCGCGCCGUUAUGUCGCUGUUCGACCCAUUGGGCCUGGCCACACCCGUCACAAUACAAGCCAAGAAGAUAUUACAAGAAACGUGGCGCACGGGUAUCGGCUGGGACACCGAACUGCAAGAAAGGGAAGCAGCAGCGUGGCGGAGCUGGAUAUCGCACGCACAGCAGUUACCCCACUUGGUAAUACCACGGUGUUACCCCGGUGUGGCGACGGCACAUACGACGGAGCUUCACACAUUCGUCGACGCGAGCUCAGAUGCAUACGCCUGUGUCGUAUACUGGCGGGCCGUAUGCGUGACCGGCGAGGUACGUGUGUCACUCAUCGCAGCCAAGGGAAGAGUGGCCCCUUUGAACAAGGUCACCACUAUACCACGCCUGGAGCUGCAAGCGGCCGUACUAGGGAGCCGCCUGUCACGCACGGCUGUCGAAGAACACGAUCUGAAACCUGCCCGUCGUGUCUACUGGUCGGAUUCGCGUACCGUACUGUCUUGGUUACGCACCGGGCCGCGUGCAUUCAAGCCCUUCGUCGCUCACCGAGUCGCUGAAAUUAUGGAAGAUACGAAAACGAACGAGUGGAGAUGGGUGCCGACGGCCGACAACGUCGCGGAUGAUGCCACACGCGACGUGCCACACCACUUCACUUCAACACACAGAUGGUUCCGGGGGCCGCAGUUUCUAUAUCGACCAGAAGAAGAGUGGUCUCAUGAAGACGAUUCCCACCAGACGGAAAAUACAAGCGAAGAUCGCGCCCACACAAUACCCCAGCUACAACACCGGCGGGAGCCCCGAGCUACACACGGAGUCAUCAAGUUAGAAGACUUGGUGCUGGUGGCGGACGGCAACCUGCCUCGGAACUCCUGGCCGCGCGGCGUGGUGGUGGCUACGUAUCCGGGACCGGAUGGUGAAAUACGGGCGGUCGACGUGCGCACUAACAAGGGGAUACUUCGGCGGCCUACGAAGAAAUUAGUAAUCCUGCCAAUCGAACAACGCGAACUCGAAUUAAAUACAGCUUAG